UAGGCAAAGAUAGUUUCUCUAGAGAGAAUCAUGCCUGCUAAUGACACAUGUACUGAGCCGGAUGGAGACAGCACAGAUUUUCGGUACUUUAUCUAUGCAGUGACAUACACUGUCAUUCUUGUGCCAGGUCUCAUAGGGAACAUAUUAGCCUUGUGGGUAUUUUAUGGUUAUAUGAAAGAAACCAAACGGGCUGUGAUAUUUAUGAUAAACUUAGCCAUUGCUGACUUACUACAAGUUCUCUCCCUGCCACUGAGGAUCUUUUACUACUUAAAUCAUGACUGGCCAUUUGGGCCCGGCCUAUGCAUGUUCUGUUUCUACUUGAAGUAUGUUAACAUGUAUGCAAGCAUCUACUUCUUGGUCUGCAUCAGUGUGCGACGAUUUUGGUUUCUCAUGUACCCCUUUCGUUUCCAUGACUGCAAACAGAAAUAUGAUCUGUAUAUCAGCAUUUCUGGAUGGCUGAUCAUCUGCCUUGCCUGUCUACUCUUCCCUCUCCUCAGAACCAAUGACGAAACUCCUGGCAACAGAACCAAAUGCUUUGUGGAUCUACCUACCAGAAAUGUCAAUCUGGCCCAGUCUGUUGCCAUGAUGACUGUUGGAGAGUUGAUUGGGUUUGUAACUCCUCUACUGAUUGUUCUAUAUUGUACCUGGAAGACAGUUCUAUCACUGCAAGAUAAAUAUCCUAUGGCCCAAGAUCUUGGAGAGAAAAAGAAAGCCUUGAAGAUGAUUCUAACCUGUGCUGGGGUAUUCCUAAUUUGUUUUGCACCUUAUCACUUCAGUUUUCCUUUAGAUUUUCUGGUCAAGUCCAAUGAAAUUAAAAGCUGCCUAGCCAGAAGGGUGAUUCUGAUAUUUCAUUCUGUGGCCCUGUGUCUUGCUAGUCUGAAUUCCUGUCUUGACCCAGUCAUAUACUACUUUACUACCAAUGAGUUCAGAAGACGGCUUUCAAGGCAAGAUUUGCAUGAUAGCAUACAACUCCAUGCAAAAUCUUUUGUGUGUAACCAUACCACUUCUGCCAUGGAAACUGAAUUAUGCUGAAAAAACCCCUGAAUGUGGCCUGAAAUGUAAAUACAUCAGAAACAUUUGCAAUACCCUGAGCCACAGUGAAGUACUCACGGGAAGCAUUCACAACUUUUUAGUUAUGGUCUGUCUUACCUAUGUGGAGAAUUCACAUUUUCAUAACAUUUUCAAAUAUUUGGAGCGUUAUGCUCCACCAUCAUUGAUGUUGACAUGUCCAUUAGUAAUUUGUCA